UUUAUAGCAUAAAACCAAAAUCAACCUAUAAAAAAUAUAUUUAUCUGAACAUGCAAGCUACUCAAAUAUUAGAAUAUAAUAUUGAAUAUUAUACAGAUGAUUAUAAAGCAGGUCUUGAGAAAUUACUUGAUCAAUUUGAUCAAUUUGUCGAAUGCCUUCAAGAACCCAUUAUAAAUUCUGAUCAUUUGUUUACUGGUGCAGUUUUAAUCAAAUAUAAUAGCAACUUUCAUUAUGAUAAAUUAAAGGAAAAU